AUGAGACAAUUAAAACAUACAGAGCAAAAGUUAUUAAAAAAGGUGAACCUUGUUCACUAUAAAAAGGAGAGUCCAAGAGAUUUGCUUAAUAUGCAAACUUUUGGUAUCGCCUCUAGAGAAGAAUAUCAACAUUAUGUAAAACUUGUAAAUAGUAUUCAAAAAUUAGUAAAUUUAGUAGGUAAACUACCAGAAGGAGAUCCAGUAAAGAAACAAGUUACAGAUCAAUUGGUAGAGAAAUUAUAUGAUAUGGGUGUUGUCGAUGAAAAGGUAACUGCUUCAUUGGCCAAAGUUGGUGUAUCUCAUUUUUGUAGAAGAAGAAUCCUUUCAAUGUUGGUUCAACAUAAAUUUGCUCAAAAUCUUACUCAUUCAAUGACUCUUAUUAAACAUUGUCAUGUAAGAAUUGGACCAGAAGUUGUAACAGAUCCAGCCUUUUUAGUAACUAGAAAAUUCCAAGAUUUAAUGACAUGGACAGAUCAAUCAUCGAUGAAAAAGAAGGUUAUGGAAUACAACAACAAUUUGGACGAUUACGAUUAUCACAAUUAA